GUGGGGGUCUCCUCAUUGAAAAGCGGGGUCCGCGGAAGACGCUGGGGAAACGCUCGGGAGUGGGGGAAUCAUCAGUCUCGGACCCCCCCCCCAUGUCACCCGGAGUGGUACGUUCCGCCCAAACUUUACAACUUUAAAGGGGCUUUAAGACGCGUGUUGGGACUUGGGAGCCUCCCAGGGAUGCGAGGAGCGGCGCGAGCGGCGUGGAGGUGCUGGGAAAGGGCACCAAGCGGCGAUCGCGGGCCGUGGCGGCGCUGGGUCAGCACCAUGGAGAGCGAAGGGAGCCGGAGCAUCCAUUCCGACAACGUCUCCGAGGUCCACGAAGUGCCCAUGCGGGUCAUCAUCAGGCCCAUCCCGCCCGUGCUGGACGAGGGGAAAGUGGAAAGUCUCAUGAAGACCAUCCAGGAGGAACCUGACCGGGUCCCCCCAAUCGACGUCCUCUGGAUCAAAGGCAGAGAAGGAGGGGAUUACUUCUACUCCUUCGGGGGUUGCCACCGAUACGCGGCCUACAAGCGCUUGAACAAGGAGUCCAUUCCGGCUAAGAUCAUCCGGUCAAACCUCAGUGACCUGCGGACUUACCUAGGCUCUUCUCUCCCAGACUUGCGAUAG